GAUCGUCCUCCUCGUCUAAAAAUAACCUAAAAUCCAAAGUCGAGAAAAAGAAAAGCUUAAACAAAGAACAGAGCAGAGCAGAGCAAAUCGAAACGCUUUCUUUCUCUACUCUAUUCUUCGUAAAUGGCGAGCAACAAUCCGUCGCAGCUUCUUCCAUCAGAGCUAAUCGACAGGUGCAUAGGAUCGAAGAUAAGGGUGAUAAUGAAAGGAGAUAAGGAGCUCGUUGGUGUUCUCAAAGGCUUCGACGUUUACGUCAACAUGGUCCUUGAGGAUGUCACCGAAUAUGAGAUUACAGCAGAAGGAAGUCGGGUCACUAAGCUUGAUCAGAUUCUGCUCAAUGGCAACAACAUCGCCAUUUUGGUGCCUGGUGGAGCUCCAGAAGAUGCAGAAUAAGAUAUGGGAAGAGGAUUGAUUAGUAUGUUAAAGACUUGUGUGAGGAAAGAUGUUACUUUGGAUUUUAGUAUUUAACUCUUUGGCUCACCCACAAGUACUAGUUGAUACAUUUUGAAUUCGGAAUUACAAAUUGUUCAUUGUUCAACAACGUGAAAUAGCUUAAACUUCACACUUUUUUUAUUUGACUUAAUGCCUUCA